GUUAGUAAAAGUGCGUGAGCGAAGGUGCGUGCGUAUCUACGAAGUGUGCGUUCAUUUGUUUGGUAGCUGGAUUUUCGCGCAAAGGGUCCCAAAUGUCGUCGCACCUGGAGAACGCCGAGGACGUGGAUUUCAUCAUCAAAACGGCAAUCGAGCGGGAUCCUAACAAACGAAGGGUGAAGCCGGUGGAGACGCAGGCUUCUAUAUUAGAUUUCGACUUGGAGGAAAGUUCGGACGAUUCGGACUUCCGGAUCGAAGAUCAUCCCGAUCUCAGCGAUGACGAUUCCAUCGACAGCAACGGCGAAGGAGGAAAAGAUAGUUCGAGCGGUGAAGAGGAUGAGGAGGACAACGACUCCGAUGCAUCGGCGGAUUUCAACGAGUUGCAGAAUCUGCAGCUGUCUCCGCACACGAACGGUCUCUCCGUCGCCGAUGUCAUCCAGCAGGCCGCCAGACAGUCUAAUGUACAAUUCAAUGAGAAAGAUGCGAAUUUGCUCAUCUGCUGCGGAUGUUUGGGGGAUCAAAGCGAUGGGAUCAAUGAAAUAGCGGAGUGCGACGGUUGCGGCGUCACCGUGCACGAGGCCUGUUAUGGAAUCUCCGAUUCCAACAGUUUAGCCAGCACUGAUUCCCUGUCCCCGACGACGCCCUGGUUCUGCGAGGCCUGCAAAGCCGGCGUACAGAACCCGGUGUGCGAACUAUGCCCUAAUUCGGGUGGCGUUUUCAAGGAAACCGACGUGGGCAAAUGGGUGCACUUGGUGUGCGCCCUCUACGUACCCGGAGUAGCCUUCGGGGAAGUCGACAAAUUAUCCAGUGUCACCCUGUUCGAGAUGCAGUAUAACAAAUGGGGCGCAAAAUGUUGCAGCCUAUGCUUGGACCAAAGGUUCUCGCGAACCGGUGUCUGCAUAGGAUGCGACGCAGGCAUGUGCAGGAAUUACUUUCAUGUUACAUGCGCUCAACGAGAAGGGUUCCUAUCGGAGGCGCAUUCAGAAGAGCAAGAUCAGGCCGACCCGUUCUACGCUCACUGCAAGCUGCAUUCAGACAAGACGCUGGUGAAGAGGCGGAAACGGAAUUACAUGUCGCUGCAGCUGCGCACGCACUAUAGGAAGCUGCAAUUCGAAAAGGAGGGCCACUCUGAAACGCCGGAGCAGUUGCGGAUUCAGCGGAAAUUGGCCAAGAAGAAGAUGCACUACAUGAAUUUGAAAUCGCUGAAGACGCCGCCUUGGGUUCCGACUCAAAAGAUGCCAAGACUACUGACGACGAGCGCGUCUGCUUGCAGGAAACUGCUGCAGAAGGCCGAUCUCAUGGGAAUCGAUUCGGCGGCGCUCGAGAUGCAGGAGGCGCAGAUGGCGGCGCUCGUGGAUAUCAGGAAGAAAUGGCACAUACCGCCCGCCUUCACCGUUGAAUUCAUUGCGUACUAUCUGGAUAGAAAUGACCGAGUCAAAAGUAUGAAGGACACUUUGGAGAGUCUGCUCUCUAAUAACCAAUCGCUGCUCAGGCAGCAGCAGGAUCUGAGGAAUAAAUACGACGAGCUGUUGAAAGUAAACAACGAAACGGAAAAGACGAAAACGCAAUUGAAGCAAUCCAUCCACAAAUAUCAUUCCGCGAUACUGAGCGCUUGUCCGACCAAGAGUUUACCGAACGUCGACGAUAUAGGGAAGCCGCCUCCGAGCAGGCCACCUCCUCAACAGAUGAUGGUGCCCACGGCAGCCGCCCUCAAGAUGGGUGUCGGCUUCCCGCUGAGCAACAUCCCUGCCAACAGAAAUGACACCGGACGAAUACUCAGCAGUCAUGCAGCGAGGCAGGAUCCGCUGCAGUUGAACGAGUGCGGCAUCUGCAGGCAGCACAGCGAUCAACAUAUGCUCGCCAAAUGCGAUACCUGCCACCUGUUCUACCACCUGAACUGUCUGAAUCCGCCGCUGAGUCGAUUACCGAAAAAGUCGAAGCUGUACGGCUGGCAGUGCUCCGAGUGCGAUAAAACGUCGGAUAGUGAACCUGAGGAGAUGAAGACGCCGCGUCGCAGUCGGAGCCGAUACAGUAAGGAGGACACGGAGGUAUUCGCGCCGAAGGUCAAGAUAAAACCAGUCGAGCCGACGCCCAACUCGGACACCAUAGUAAUAGAUGACGAUGAUGAGGAGGAGGAGGAAGAGGAAGACGAUAUGGUACAGCCUCCUUAUCUUAUGCCCGAGAUGCAACUGGAACUUCAGGAGCCGACGCCGCCGCCGCCUCUGCAGCAGCAGCAACAACAACAACAGCAGAGCUGCAGCAUGCAGCAGUUACAGCCCAUGGACGUGGUUGCUGGUUACAUCAACAAUCCCCUGCUGGACAGCAGCACCGGUCCCGUAGCGACGGCGGACGGCAUGGAGACGAUGAUCAUUUCACGGUCAGGAAAGAAACGAAGACGAGACAAGCACAGGAAUCGGUAUUCUCCAGAUAUGGGCGGUCCGGUCAAAGAGCACAAACGCAAGAGGAAGAAGAAGAGUCUGGAUAUCGAAGAUCCCAUACCUCACAAGAGAAUCACCAUCAAGAUUAAACCUAUACCGUUGCCGGCCGGAGAGGUGGCUUCGACCACGAAUCCACAAUGUUUCUACGUGAACAACGAUGAAACUCCUCCACCUUCUCUGAUGAUACAACAACCUACUCCGACGGUUUAUCCAGUAGAGAAACCGCCGCCCACCAAGCAGCCACCAACAGGCGCAAACGUCUGUGACGUUUGCCAGCAGGACGGUCUACCCAGUAAUUUGGUCAAAUGCGACGAAUGCCAAAAGAAUUAUCACUUCACGUGUUUAGACCCGCCUCUGAAGAAAACACCGAAGAAGCGGGGCUACUCGUGGCAUUGUGCCGAUUGCGACCCAACUGGAUCUGAAUAAAUGAAAAUGUUUGAUGAUGAUGAUUGAUAAUUAUAUGAGAGAAUAACGUGCUCUCAUUAUUAUCCGUAUUAUAAAUAUUGUUUGAUUAAUUUUGAAAGAAA